AACAAGACGCGUUCCGGGCACGCGCGCACGUGCCGUGAUUAGCUGGCGUGAUAUAUAUUUCCUGUCUCGCGUGAUCUUUUCACUAAACUCCACGCACAGAAACACUUUGAGGACAAAUAAGAAACACUUUGAGGACAAUAAUAAGAAACACUUUGAGGACAAUAAUACGUGUUUUGCUACGUGGUGGAAAGUGACGUCACCUGCGUGGAUCCUCCAUAGAGGAGAGGAGAGCAGACACAGCAAGUGUCACUGGACGACAAUGAGCGUGGAAGUGUGACGCUGUGGACCUCACCUGCUGCUUUAUUCACUUUUAAUAAUACUCUUGUCGCCACGAUGGGGGAACAACCCAUCUACACCACCAGGGCCCAUGUGUUCCAGAUAGACCCUAGUACCAAGAAGAACUGGGUCCCUGCCAGCAAGCAGGCUGUUACUGUCUCCUACUUCUAUGACAGCACACGCAACAGCUAUCGCAUCAUCAGCGUGGAUGGAACCAAGGUGAUCAUCAACAGCACCAUCACAGCCAACAUGAUGUUCACCAAGACCUCCCAGAAGUUUGGUCAGUGGGCCGACAGCCGAGCCAACACAGUCUUUGGUCUGGGAUUCACUUCUGAGCAGCAGCUCUCCAAGUUUGCUGAGAAGUUCCAGGAAGUGAAAGAGGCAGCGAAGAUGGCAAGAGAGAAAUCUCAAGACAAGGUGGACAUCAGGAGCACACGUAUCGACCUCAAUAAUGAUACUUUUGAUUUCAAGCAGGACUCUGGACCUGCAUCUCCAGGGUCCAAGCAGGCCUCCAGCUUCAAUGGUACUGAUGAUGAGAAGAUCUUCAAAGUGGGUCCAGAGAUGCUCCUGAUGAAGACUGAGCAUGAAAGUGCAGCAGAACAAAGCAGCAGCAGGAAGUGGGAGGCGGAGCUCCAGAGUCUGAGGGAGAAGAACUCCAUCCUGGUGGAGGACUUGCACCAGUCGUCUACCAAGAUGGACGUGUGGAAGAAGCAAGUCAGCGCCUGCAAGGAGGAAAGUGACGCACUUCGACAAAAGAUUGCACAACUAGAGUACCAGUACCAGGAGGCGGGUCAGGAGCAGCAAAGGAACGCAGAACUUUCAGUGCGUGUGCAGCAGUUGGAGGCGGAGCUACGUGACAAAGAGCAGGAGGUAGAGAACCUGAGGAAGCAGGCAGAGAUAAUCCCCCAACUCAUGGCCGAGUGUGACAACAUCACUUCCAAACUGCAGGUGACAGAGAGCAGGAAGGUGGAGUUAGAGAGCAGGAUGGAUGUUCUCCACGUGGACGUAGAAGACAGCCGACAGAAGCAAAGUGGCGUGAAGGCGGAGCUAAAGAAGCUGACGGAGGUUCUGGACGCCAAGAUCGAAGAACUGCACGACUUCCGUCACGGCUUAUCUCGCCUGGGCGCUGACAACUGAACACUGGGGGCGUGUCCUCUCAACAUGACUCCUCCCUCUUUGUGCAACUGAACACUGGGGGCGUGUCCUCUCAACAUGGCCCCUCCCCCUUUGUGCUUUCCCAACAGGCUCGCUAAGGGCUACAAGCUAACGCUAACAACAAGAAGUCCACUUCCUGCACAGGUGUUCCUCUCAGGUGUGUCACAUGACACCAAGUGCCUCCAGGCUUUUUUCUCUCCUCUGGACACUACUAGUACUGUAAUACUAGUACUAGUACUAGUACUACCACUCUCAUACUAGUACUAGUACAAGUACUACUAAUGCAGCUACUCUACUUUUCUUUACACUUCAAGUCAACCCAAAUAAACAAAAGACACUUUUAA